AAAAAAGAUGGCCGCCGCUUGUUUUCGAUAAUUUAUUGUCGGAUUUUACCAAUAAAAACACCGGAUAAGAGGGGUUUAGUGUGUGUUAGGAGAUAAUUGGGUAAUGGCUUCUAAGGAAGAGAGUGGGCUAAUGACAGCCCCGGCACCAAGCCCUGCCUACCCACAAGAACUCAUCCUAAAGGCCAUAUCUUCUAUGGAAGAGAGGGGUUUAACUAAUGAUCCAAGAUAUCAGCAACUCUUGAACAUGGCAAACAUGCAGAAGAAUAUACCCCAGGAGCAGAGGGCUACCCCUGAACCAGGCCAAGGCGGACCGCAAAUGCAAGGGCAGCCACCAACUCCAGGCAGCGAUGACUCCCAGUCACAAUCAUCAAUGCAAGGAGUCCCUAACAUGCCAGACAAUCAGCAAUUUGUACAGAAUCCACAGAUGUCACAGAUGGUGGGACAGAUUAUGCCUAAUCAACAGCAGCAAGGCCAGGGUCCAGCUCAUGGUGGUCCUCCACCAGGGCCGGGUCAACCAAUGCCCGGUCACAUGAACCAACCGCCCAUGUCGAAUCCUAUGGUCGGACAGGCAAAUCCAAACAUGCCAAAUCAGUCGGGCACAAUGCCUAGCCAGAUGAGCUCAGGACAGAUGCCUGGUCCUGGGUCAAUGCCAAAUCAGAUGGUACCAAAUUCACAGAUGGGAGGCCCUGGACCUGGGCCCGCUCCAAACCAGAUGGGGCCUAUGGGUGGACAGAUACCGAACCAGAUGCCUGGUCAAAUGGGAAUGGGAAGUCAAAUGGGUGGACCAUCCCCAGGUCCUCCGGUGCCCAUGCCCAACCAGAUGGGUGGGCCGAUGCACGGGCAGAACCAGAUGGGGAGCUCUCUGCCUAAUCAGAUGGGAGGUCCUUUGCCUGGAUCUGGAGGAGAUAUGGAUGGCCCAAAGCCGUGUGCGUUCAGUCAUCCCCAACUGCAGCAGCUGAAAGCUCAGAUCAUGGCGUACAAACUCUUGUCGAGGAAUCAUGCUCUGCCGCCACAUCUGAAGAUACUUGCCGAGGGCAAACGUGUUCCACCACAGUACAGACCCGGUCCAGGAGGGCCUGCACCGAUGGGUCAAAUGGGAAUGCAACAAAAUCAAGCAAUGGGUGGUCCCCAUCCACAACCGGGUCCUGGUCAGCAAUCCCGCUACCCCCAGAUGAUGGGCCAAGGUCCGCUUCCCUCACAACAAGUGAUGCCUCCGCAGCAGCCGAGGAUGAUGGCACCGGCCAUGCAGCAGCCGCAGCAGCAGCAGCCAUCAGCUCCACAUCCCCAACAACAACAACAGCAGCAGGGGCAACCGCCGCAUCCGCAACAGCAGUCAAUGCAGAUGCAGAUGCACCAGAAGCAGAAUCGUAUCACUCCUAUCGCCAAGCCGCAGGGCAUUGAUCCAAUCGAUAUUCUGAAGGAAAGAGAAAACAGAAUUUCCUCGCGAAUAGCUCUACGAAUCAAGGAGUUGGAGAACCUGCCUGCUGUCAUGCCAGAAGAUCUGAAAACGAAAGCGAUGAUUGAACUUCGUGCAUUGCGGUUGCUCAACUUUCAGAGGAAUCUGAGAUCAGAUGUUGUCGCCAGCAUGAGGAAGGACACCACACUGGAAACAGCCCUGAACUCGAGGGGUUACAAACGAAGUAAACGCCAGUCCCUACGCGAAGCCAGGAUCACAGAAAAGCUAGAGAAGCAACAGAAAGUGGAACAAGAAAGGAAGAGAAGACAAAAGCACCAGGAAUAUCUCAAUGCAGUUCUUCAACAUGCCAAAGAUUUCAAAGAGUACCAUCGCAAUAUCUCCGGUAAGAUUACAAAAGUCAACCGCGCUGUCAUGGUGUAUCACGCCAACACAGAACGGGAACAGCGUAAAGAACAGGAAAGGAUCGAGAAGGAGCGUAUGCGCCGACUUAUGUGCGAGGAUGAGGAAGGCUACAGGAAACUCAUUGACGAGAAAAAAGAUAAACGUCUGGCCUACCUCCUGUCGCAGACAGACGAAUAUAUAGAAAAUUUGGUCAUGUUAGUGCGGCAACACAAAGUCGACAUUAAGAAGAAGAAGAAGAAGAUCAAAAAGAAGGAGAAGGAAGAAAACAAGAAACCAGAGCCGCCUGUGACUGAGGGUAAUGGGGACGAGGCUAGUGCUAGCGGUGAAGGUGCCGAGGGCACCAACGCCGAUGGAACCAAACGUGCGGAUCCUCGCGCACUCAAGGACGGGAUCCUGGAUGAAAGUUCUAAUAUGAGUGACAUGCGAAUCCAUGUCAUAGAAACAGAGACUGGAAGACGCCUUACUGGAGAGGAUGCCCCGCUUGCUAGUCAAGUUGAUGCUUGGCUUGAAAUGAACCCUGGCUUUGAGGUUGCGCCACGUGAUGGUAAAGAUGUCGAGUCUGACUCUGACGGGUCCGAUGAAAGUGACGAUGAAAAUGAAGAAGUGGAGGAGGAGGAACAGAUUGAUGUCAAGGCUGUAACUAAAGAUGAUGAUGAUGAAUAUAAAGUCGCUGGCAGGAAUUAUUAUGGUAUCGCUCACACCGUCAGUGAGAAAGUGACAGAACAGGCCAAUAUGAUGGUCAAUGGUAAACUCAAGGAGUAUCAGAUUAAAGGUUUGGAAUGGCUGGUGUCUCUGUACAACAACAAUUUGAACGGCAUCCUGGCCGAUGAGAUGGGCCUUGGUAAAACUAUCCAGACAAUCUCCCUGAUUACUUACCUGAUGGAAAAGAAAAAGGUCAAUGGGCCUUUCCUCAUCAUCGUGCCAUUAUCAACCCUCUCUAACUGGAUGCUGGAGUUUGACAAGUGGGCACCAUCGGUUGUCAAGAUCCCGUACAAAGGCUCACCACAGCUUAGGCGAACUCUCAUGUUUCAGCUGAAGGGCGGCAAGUUUAACGUGCUCCUGACGACUUAUGAAUACGUCAUCAAAGACAAGGCGGUCUUAUCCAAGUUGCGUUGGAAGUAUAUGAUCAUCGACGAGGGCCACAGGAUGAAGAACCAUCAUUGUAAACUCACCCAGGUGUUGAACGUCCAUUACUGUGCUCCACACAGGUUACUGCUCACAGGAACACCAUUACAGAACAAAUUACCCGAGUUGUGGGCAUUGUUGAACUUCUUGUUACCUAGUAUCUUCAAGUCGUGCUCGACGUUUGAGCAGUGGUUCAAUGCGCCGUUUGCCUUGACCACGGAGAAGGUUGAACUGAAUCCGGAAGAGACGCUGCUGAUCAUCCGACGUCUGCACAAAGUGCUGCGUCCGUUCUUGCUGAGGCGGUUGAAAAAGGAGGUCGAGUCGCAGCUGCCAGAUAAGAUUGAGUAUGUGAUCAAGUGUGACAUGUCAGCCCUACAGCGGUUCCUCUACAGACACAUGCAGAGCAAGGGCGUCUUGCUGACAGAUGGAUCUGAAAAAGACAAAAAGGGUCGUGGCGGUACCAAGACAUUGAUGAACACCAUCAUGCAGCUGAGGAAAAUUUGUAAUCACCCGUACAUGUUCCAACAAAUUGAAGAAGCGCUAGCUGAGCAUCAAGGGAAUUCAACAGGAAUCAUUACUGGGCCUGAUUUGUACAGAAGUGCUGGCAAGUUUGAAUUGAUCGACAGAAUGCUGCCCAAACUGAAGCGUUUGGGUCAUCGUGUGCUACUCUUCUGUCAGAUGACCACACUCAUGAGCAUUAUGGAGGAUUACUUCCUUUACAAAGGUUACCAAUAUCUACGCCUCGAUGGUAUGACAAAGUCCGAUGAUCGAGGGGAACUACUCAAGAAGUUCACGGCACCUGAUUCACCAUACUUCAUCUUCUUGUUGAGUACCAGAGCUGGAGGUCUCGGCCUGAAUCUUCAGGUUGCCGACACUGUCAUCAUCUUUGACUCGGAUUGGAAUCCUCAUCAGGAUCUGCAAGCCCAGGAUAGGGCCCAUCGUAUCGGACAGCAAAACGAAGUCCGAGUUCUCCGACUGAUGACGGUCAAUUCGGUCGAGGAAAAGAUUCUGGCCGCAGCAAGGUACAAGUUGAACGUUGAUGAGAAGGUCAUCCAAGCUGGUAUGUUCGAUAAUAAGUCGACAUCAUCGGAACGGCGGAGUUUCCUCACGCAACUGCUGACACAAGCUGAUGAUCAGGAUGAUGAUGAAGAUGAAGUGCCAGAUGACGAGACAAUCAACCAGAUGCUUGCGCGGACGGAGGAGGAAUUUGAAAUCUACCAAUCGAUGGAUAUCGAGCGGCGACGGGAGGAGGCGAAGACUUUCGGCGGGAGGAAGCCGAGGUUGAUGGAAGACGACGAGUUACCAACGUGGCUACUCAAAGAUGAACGCGAGGUUGAACGUCUGACGUUUGAGGACGAGGAGGAUAAGAUAUUUGGACGAGGUUCGCGACAGAGGAAGGAGGUUGACUACUCUGACCAGUUGACUGAUAAACAAUUUUUGAAGGCCAUUGAAGAUGGGACCCUCGAUGACUUGGAAGAAGAGACCAAGGUCAAGAAGAAAAAGAAGGGACGAAAGAGGAAACGCAACGAUGAUGAUGACGACGAUGAACCGCCACCGGUCAAGGAGAAAGUGAAAGGAGAAAAGAAACGACGCGGCAGGCCCCCGGUUGAGAAGAUGACACCAAAUCCACCUAGACUCACCAAGAUGUUGAAGAAACUGUAUGAUGUAGUUGUCAACUACAAGGACAGUGACCAGCGAGUCCUGAGCGAGGCAUUCCUUCAGCUGCCCUCCAGGAAAGACCUACCGGAUUAUUAUGAGGUGAUCAAGAAGCCUGUCGACUUUAAGAAGAUCAAGCAAAGGAUCUUGGAUCACCGCUACCGCAGCCUGGACGACCUUGAAAGGGAUGUCCUUCUCCUGUGCAAGAAUGCCCAGGCAUACAAUAUCGAAACCUCUCUGAUCUAUGAAGAUUCCAUUGUGCUACAGUCUGUGUUCACCAAUGCCCGUGAGCGCCUCGAGAAGGGCGGCAUGCUUCCGACCCCCGAUGUCUCCGACAGUGACGAGGAUGAAGAAGACGAGGAGCAGAAUGGUGAUGACGAUCAGGGAGAAGAGCAGCAGCAACAGGAAGAGGAGGAAGAUAGAGAGGCUGAGAAAGCGAGAGCCAGGAAGGAAGAGAAAAAGGAAAAAGAGAAAGAGAAAGAGAAAGAGAGGGAACGAGAACGCGAUCGAGAUCGAGAACGAGAAAGGGAAAGGCAUGACAGAGACAGAGAACGAGCUGCAGCAGAAAAGUUGCAGGAACACAAUGCUGUUCACUACCAACACUACCAACGACCUCCUCACCCAUACACAAUGGCGGACGCUCAUGCCUAUUACGGCCAGGCGUAUCCCGGCAUGUCUGGGAUGCCAAUCCCACCAUACCCAGUCAUGGCAGGACCCAGUGCUGUCAGGGACCCUAUGGCCGCAAUGGCGGGUAUGAGAUACCCUAAUCCUCAUAUGAUGGAGAAAAUUAGAAGGGAGGAGAGGACGCCUCAGCCGCCACCCCUAGCACCAGAAGAUGAUUCGAGGUCACGAAGGAAGGGCCGGCCGUUGAAAACCCGGGUGUACAUCAGCAGUGAUGAAGAUUCCGACAUGGAAAUGUAAAAUAAUGUCAACAGGGUAACUUAAUAUAUACUGGAAACGAAAUGACAUUCAACCAAAGUUCGCUUAAAUGGAUUCAUGCCGAAAUGAUUGGUGCAGAUUUUACAUAUCUCAACAAUGCUUAUUUACUUUAGAGAAUGACAAUUUGACAAUGUCUGAAGAUUUAAGAUAGUAUUUUGUAAUUCGGUGACUUCUUUCUCGUUACUACUAGUGCUUUUGUGCAUUUGCUAGAUAAAUAACUAUAUGUGGAAUAUUUGUCCACAUAUAGUCUUGGCCAUAAUGAUGUGGAAACUUGUUGUGAUUUGGAUGGUGAAAGUAACUCCUUUUACUGUCUUACAGUUACAAGAAAUAUUGUCUUUUUCCUUAUGGCCAAGACUGUAUUCAUUCAUGGCAUUGUAUUGUGUACAGUGCAUACAUGUAUGUGUAUUUUUGUAUUUAUAUGAAGAGAGGUAUAAAGUACGGUAAUGACAAAGUGAACAAAAACUAAACAAUUUGUAGCAGUUUGCUUGAAAAUGAAGUUUGGAAUGAAAAAUUCCCACAUGUCCAUUGUAGAGCCAUAGCAACCACAUGUUGGUAACUUGGCUUUGGCUGAUUCAAACUCAACAGUUUUGAUGCUGAGAAAGUUCAAAACUCAGCGAUACCACUCUUAUAAUGCAAGCGCCAAGAUUUUCUGUACAUAUUGUCAUUGCUUUUCCUCUUCUUCUGUGCAGUGGUUGCAUUUGGAUUUAUAUGAACUUGAACUUGUAGGCCUUUAGCGGUCUCUCUCUAAGACACAUUGUCCUGAUAUGUAUGUAAAUGUUCUGUAUAGCUAUUCUCGUAUUAACCACAUCUCAAUUAGAGUUCCGUACAGGUCAGGGUCACAACUGUACGUGGAUUUUUAUCCUUGUUUUGGAUUCCUGUAGUACGGUUGCAUCCCUGGCCUGAUACAUGGGGUGAUAUGAAUAAAGACUAGCAAAUGCUUUUAUCUAAAACUCUAUGUACAUUUACACUAGGCCUUUCUGUACAAAAUUGAAGUAAAAGCAUUUGCUAGUCUUGAUUCAUAUCACCCAAUGCCUUGAUCUGCACCUCAUAGAUAGAUGUUGUAUUCGUGUAAUUAGUCCAUGAGCCAUCAUGGGUAUUGGUGAUGAUGAUACCAGUGACGGUGAAUGUGACAUUAGCAUGGAUACGCUGUAACUAGUUAUUCAAACUGUGUUAGCACAGUGGGUAAAGGUAUCUGUUUGCCUAAGAAAAAAUAUGUGCUUAUCUGGAGAGGAAUGACGACACAAAAGUAACAUACAAUAGAUUUAUAGUUCAUAUUGAGGAGCGUGAGGCCCGCAUUUAUUAUUUUCAUCCAAUUGUACCCCUCCAAUUCUGUAAUGGGAAGGCCUGUGUCUAUUGUGUUGCAAAGGUAAACCAAUACCUUCACCCUCCGUGCAAGUGAAGGGUGUCAUCUACAUGUACUUGUCAGUGUAUGGCUUAGAUGAUUGAAUUUGAAAUAAAAUUGAGAUAUUCAAUUAAAUAUAAAGCACUCAAACAUGAAUUUUGAAUGUCGCUCAUCAUGGACAUCAGCAUAAUUUUCUUUUGGCUUCUCAGUUCCUGCUUGAAGGAUAUUAUUUGCUGGAAUCAAAUCAAAAUUUUUAUUAUUUUUUUACUACAUGUAUUUUCUCUUGGUCAUUUUCUUCAUCUUAAAGGGAACUGAAACCGCCAAGCCAGUUCGUAUGACCUCGUUUUCAUUUCCCGCGUAUCGGGUGAUCAGAACGAGGCAUGAAUAAAACAUGGCGCCUUGCUGUCAAUCAUUGAGUGACGUCACUGCUGUGGAAUUUACUACGAAAACUCAUGAAUGAAAGAUCGCAUGACUCACGUGAUUCUCACAUGAUUCUCAAUAAUAACAAAUUGAACUGCGCAUGCUCGGGCACUGGGGGCAGAGCUACAAAUCUGAACUCGAAUAGGAAGUUGGAAUUUUGACUUUCUCGGGUGGUGAAAGUCGAAAAGUUGAAUAAAUCGCUCGGCGGUUCCAGUUCCCUUUAAACCACUUCACUCAUUGUGUUCGAGCAAGUUCCAUUGUUGUGCACUUGAUAUUGUAGAACAAGGCAGUAAUGAUAUUGUAGUAGUUUAACACUUCAUCAUAUCUUUGAAAUAAACCAUGGGGUAAUUGGA